UCGAAAAUGUUGUUAGUUCUUGUGGUGUUUCAAGUUAUAAGUUUUACUUCUUGUCGCGAAAAGGGGGAGAUAUCAAAGACCAAAGAACCUUUCGUACAAUGUGAGGAGUUGUUUAGAAAUGGCAAUUCAAAUCUUGAAGUUACUUUCGAGUGCCUUAUGGUACACUACAAUUUAUAUGAGACCCUUGAGGAUGUCAUAAUAAAAAUAAAUCAAGUUCAGCAGAAGAUGGAUAAAAUUAUCGCGGAUGACCAGAAAUAUAAACCAUCGCCUUUUAAAAACAUAGAUGAUAUUUUGGACCUGCGUAGUGAUAUUUCGAAUAUGGACUGCCAAGCGAAACGACAAAUUAUCCAAGCCAUCCGCCGAAAACUUGAAUGGCAUAAUGUAUUAAACGAUCAGGAUACUACUCUCUUUGCUUGGCCCUGGAAGUCGGAACCUAUUAAGCCUAGAAUUGACGACUAUAUUGAGGCUGAUGACAUUUCAGAAAUUCAACUGGGAACUGAUCCCUCACCCAUUUUGGAUGAGAUCCGCUGUCUGCUGGCAAAAGCUAUUCGAAACACAGGAUGGUUGACGAAUCUCGAAGAAGAAAACUGAAUUUACACGUUUAAG